CCUUGGUGACGCCCAGAGCACAUUCCCAAAACAACCUUAAUUAAAACGAACAGCUGCGAUGGUAGAAAUCGCAAACAAAAAUAGAAAUCACUGGAGAAUCUCAGCAGUUUUAGCGGCACCUGUGGAAGCUGGCUCAGUGAAAAACCUCAGGGGAUCUCUCUCCCACUGCAACUCUCUCGUAAAUCUCUUCAGCCUUGAAACUGCUCGACCACGUCCUGAAGUAAACCAGUUGAACUUGGCGCCACAUCUCGAUAUCCUCAAUUUAUCACGUCGUGUAUUCAUGGUUCUUCUGUCGGAUGUUGCAAGGGUCUGCUGGGACAAGGACUCCCGAACCGAGGAAUGGGCUGAACGCCGGCGGCUCCGCACUGUCUUCACGGUGGAACAACUGCGCGUUCUCGAGUUGAGUUUCCAGUGUCAGCAAUACCCGGGGUCCGAGCAGAGACGGAAUCUAGCUGGAGAGCUUCACCUAUCCGAGACACAGGUCAAAACAUGGUUUCAAAAUCGUCGAAUGAAACUCAAACAGCAGCUUCAAGAUGCUCAGGCUGAGGCAUUUAAGUCAAGAUUGUUUCUUCAGUAUUUCUCCAAUCCUUAUGUCUCCAUUCAAAGAUUUUAUCCCGUGACAGAUUCUAGCUGUGUUGCUCAUUUCAAUGAAUUUGGACCUCGCCAUAAACAGACUUCUAUGCCUUUACGUCCUCUCGACCAUCAGUCAAACUUACCUCAGAGCAAUGCAAAAGCCACUCCUUGUCGAUUCCAUCCGUAUCUGCGUAUCUAGUAAAGAAAUACAUUUACGGUAACAUGCGAUACACAUCAAAAGAAUAAUUAUAGACAUUCUUUCAUCAGGCAACAUAUUAUAGGAUAUUUAUUUUUUACAUCUGUUUUUGCAGUCAUUGAUAGGAGAUUAUUGCAAUUGUAGGUACUAAAUCGUGAUGUCUUGAAAAAUUUUCAUCAGUAAUUUGUUCUGAAUAAUCCACCCUAAAUCAGGUUGUGCUGAGAGUAAAGCAUUGGUUUGCAUUAUUGCAAUAUGCAUUCCUUUUUAUUUGUGAAUUUUUUGAUAGAUCACACAGGAGUUUUCAAAGGAGUUACUGCAAGAAUACACAGAAAGUUAUAUGACCGAAUAUAGUUUCUGUAAGAGAGAGUUUCUGGCUCACAAUAUCAUAUACACUGGAUAAAAUAUUUAUAAUUAUUUCCCCAUGGUUUGCUUCAAUCAGCUUGUAAGCUUCAGAACUUAUUCUCUUGGAUUUUUCCCCUGGAAUACUCUAGAUCUGACUCCAAAUUGAGAUAUGAAUUUGUAGAAACAGACAGCACCAAGGUGAAUAUUAUUUGUGGAACUGCUGUUCUGAAUGGUCAUUGGACAGCAAUAAGGAACAGGAACCCUGUUCAUUCAUUUCUUUUUCUUGCAAACUUAUAAUGCUACCUCUUCUGAGAUUUGUUAUGCAUAGUUUGCUUUCACCAAAAGUGUUAUUUACAUCAGCUUAUACAUCACAUUUUCAUUUUACAGUAUUGAACUUGAUCUAUAAUAGUACUAGUAGUGGUAUAGGAAAAACGUAAAAGAAAGCAUUCUGCAAUAAGCUGUAAUGUAAAGUGUGUUCACACUGUAAUAACUUCACAUGGAUUAGAAAGUCAUUUUAAAAUGAUAGGCCACUAUUUGCAAAUUGAAAUGAGGUUCUUGGUGAUAAUGAGGCAGUAAUCCAGUUUAGGUACUUUGCAAAUCAAAUUUUGAAAAUAUAAUUGCUAAAUGGCACUGUAAUAGAUGAUGUGAUUCAAAGGCAAAUUUGUUCAAAUGGUGAUAUAAUGCCCUUUUUAAGGUGUGGUCCCUUAAGCUAUAACGGGCCGAGAUAAGAUGGAUAAGGAAAUCUUCUUCCUGUCGGCUAAUGAAGGAGAGGGAAACAGAGAUUUAAGAUUUUAGGCAAGUGAUGCCUUGGGAGUAUGAGGAAUUGUUUUAUGCAGUGAAUGGCAAUGACUGUCCAUGAGGGUAGUGAAACAGGAAAUAAUCAAUGGUUUCAAGAGGAAAGUGGAUAGCACUAACAGUAAAUAGACCUUUAGGUCCAUGGGAAUAGAGCAGAGGAAUGGGAUUGUCUGGAUUGGUUCAUGAUGAGUCAGCAUGGAUCCAAUGGACUAAACAGUCUCACUCAGUGUCAUAAGUAGCUCUGACACAAAAUAUAUAACACAAUUAUUUCGAAUUCCUCUGUCUCUUUCUGAAAGUUUAGCAGACACAUUAACCCAUUUAUUUCAGGCUAAUUAAUGCCUCCGGUUAAACUACAGUUUGGAAAUUUAGGCAAUGUGUUGUGCUGUAAUCUGGUCUUCAAUAAUAUUCUAUAACUAUGUUGAAAGUAACUACGUUAAUAAAACUACAUUAUCUCUAAUCUAAUGAAGAUGAGAAAUAAAUGUCAAAAUUUUGUUAUAGAAGGGAGAUCAAUUCCACUUGAUUAAACCUUUACAAUAACAUAAAGGGAAACCUUUUUCCCCAGUAAAAUGGGUGAGGGUGUUAUUAUGAAGUGACAUGGUUACAGCCACAAAUACAGGUUUCUUUUAUGUUUUCAGAAAUGCAUUGUGCUUUAAGGUUACCCACCUAAAAUGGGCUUUGAUACUGAGCAGUUUCUGACCCACAUAUACACAGAUAUGUACAUCAAGAGCAGACUAGGCCAUUUGGAACUUUCAGUCUGAUCCACUAUUCCUUAGCAUCUUGGUUGUUUUGAACAAGGCUUCAAUACCACUUUCCUCUCCUUUGACUCCCUUGUCAAUCAAAAAUCUAAAACUCAGCCUUAAAAAUAUUCAAUGACUCUGAGCCUAGUGCUUCCUUGGGAAGAGAAUUCCACAAACCAACAACCUCCUAAGAGAAAAAAAAAUGUCCUUAUCUCUGCAUGAGAAGGAAUGUCUUUUUUUUAAACUGUGUUCCCUAGUUCUAGUUUCUCCUUCAAGGGGAAGCAUUUGUCAAGAAGUGAGUAGUUUCAGGAAGUCUUGUUUUUGAGAGAAAAUGUUGAAGUUUAGAUUCAUGUUAAGUGAUUUGCUUUAUCCAAAUUUUGACUGGUACAAUAUUGGUUGUAACUUACACCAAUCCCCUGACAUUUUCAUUGCAAGAGGCUAUGGACUGUUCACCACUAUCAUUGAGCUACAUUCAUGAUCUUACAAUACAGGUCUUGUAUUUGUACAAGAAAAUGCUGUCACUUUAUAAUAAACACAUAUACAUAUUUUAUCAAUCAUGUGGUCCUUUCCUAUUGACAACUAAAUAGUUCUACUUUGCCCUCCUUUUACUAAGUCACCUCCUGUUCUCCUGACCCCUGUUUCUAACAAGAAUAAUGUUCCAAGAAUUCCAUCUGUUGCAUCAUGUCCAUAAGGCAAAAUGCCUAAAGGUCCACUGAGCAUCUUCCUCAAUGUGUAUCCAAGACGGAAUCUAUCAUGGCUAUUGUCUGUUCAAUACUAAGCAUGUUUCACUGCAGUCAAUGAUAAUCUCCACCAUGGCCUCAUUCUCUUUUCAUAACAUAUUUCCCACUAACCUUUUUUUAGAAUUGAAUCUCACUAACUCACACCCUUUACUCUACAAAAGUGUGAUAAGGCCGGCAGAUAGAUAUUGUGAAAAUGGUGUUUUUUUUAAUAUAUAUGCUGCAUUUCACUCUUUUUUCAAUGGGAAGAUAGAUGAUUCAAGCAAUGCAACCUUGCAACUAAUUGACAUUGACACAUAUGGCCAUGACCAUUUGGAAUUGUGUUGCAAUGCUAUAGCUAUGCUGUGAGAGAGAGUACAUGUCAAAAAGUACUUCACAGAGUGCUUGCCAGAAAACUCAGUGAGUCGGUUGAACCUGUAUCAGUUAUUCAAUUAGUCCCAGUCCCCUGCUCUUACUCAUUUUGUUCCUUUUUAGUUUCUUUCAAAUAUUUAUCCCGAUUAUCUUUUAAAGUUAAGACUGAAAAUAUUUCCAAUACCCUUUCAGACAGUGCCCUUCACCGUAUCUAGCAUAAACAUUACUUUCCUCAGUUUGCCUCAGGUCCUUUUUGCUAAAUCUUAGUCUGACUAGCCCUUCUACCACUAGAAUGUUUCUACUUAGGUACUUAAUCAAAACCUUUAAAUAUUUCGGGCACCUCUAUUAAAAAUUUAACUUAAUCUGCUCUAAUGAGGAUAACAUAAGUUUGUCUAAUUUUUUCUCAUGUAACUGAAGCCCCACAUGCCAGCAAUCUCAAGACAGCUGACAGCUUUUUUAAAGUAUAUAGUAUUCAGAACUGACCGCAGCUAAACUCCCCCUGAGCCAUACUGAAUGUUUUGCAAGUGUUUAGCAGAACGUUUUUACUCUCUGCCUCUGUUCAUAAAUCCAAGGAUGCUAUAUGAUUCAAAUGCUUACACAAGACUUGUGACUCUCAGGUUCCCCUCUUCUGUAAUCACUUCAAAGCUGCAGCAUUUACACUGUCUCACCUUACUCCAUAUUUCUCUGCAUUAAAUAUGAUCUGCCAUGAAUCUUAUUCAAUUCACCCAAUUGUUUAUUUGUUCCUGAAAUCUGCUGCCAUUUUCCUGACCCUUUGGAAAAUUUCCAAGUUUUGUGUCAUCUGGAAACUUAUAUAAUUCAAUGUAUUCUGAAAUGAACAUCAUGGAUAUAGGUCAAAAGUUACAGUGACCUCUGGGGAACACUACUGCAUAUGUCCCUCAAUCUGAUAAAUAAAGUCUGCUUU